AUGGCCAAGGAUACAGACGAAAAGAAGUCUCAUACUGUUGUCAACGACGACGACGACGACGAGGGACUGUCCCCCGUGCAGCUGGCGACCACCAAUGAGAAGAAGCUGGACGAUGUGCCCAACGAGAAAAGCAUGGCAAACGACCUGAUCCGCAAUGCUCGCCUGGCUACCGAGAAGGAGCAGAGCAUGAGCCUACUGCAGGGCAUCAAACUCUACCCCAAAGCUAUUGGAUGGAGUAUUCUGAUAUCCACCUGCAUUGUUAUGGAGGGAUAUGAUGUCUCACUGAUCAACAACUUCUACGGCAAUUCCCAGUUCAACAGAAAAUAUGGAGAGCCCUAUAUUAAUGCCCAGGGUGAGACGGAUUAUCAGGUCUCAGCAGCUUGGCAAGCCGGGCUAAGCAACGGCGCUGUUGUCGGUGAAAUCAUUGGUUUGAUGAUUAACGGAUACGUAUCCGAGCGAUUUGGAUACCGAUACACAAUCAUCGCUUGUUUAACACUAUUGACAGGCUUCGUGGCCAUCUUUUUCACAGCGCAGAACGUUAUCCACCUCCAAGUUGCUGAAAUCCUCUGUGUACCAUGGGGCGUCUUCCAAACUCUCACCAUCACCUAUGCUUCUGAGGUCUGCCCUGUUGCACUUCGUGGGUAUUUGACGACUUAUAUCAAUGCGUGCUGGGGAUUUGGCCAACUCAUCGGGAUUGGAGCUAUCGUCGGAAAUCGUUGGAGAAACGAUGAAUGGGCGUACCGAAUCCCAUAUGCACUUCAAUGGAUCUGGCCAGUGCCGCUUGCAGUUGGAAUCUUCCUUGCGCCCGAUAGCCCGUGGUGGCAGGUUCGUCAUGGUCAACUGGACGAGGCCAAAACAUCGCUGCUCCGCCUAACAAGCUUGAAUCGGGAGACGGAUUUCGACGCCGAUGAAACGAUUGCCAUGAUGGCGCACACUACUGCACUCGAAGCGAAGAUUACCAAGGGCGUCAGCUACUGGGAUUGUUUCAAAGGAGUUGACCUACGCCGCACCGAGAUUGUGGUCGCUUGUUGGGCUAUCCAAAACCUUAGUGGGAAUUCCUUUUCGAAUUACUCGACUUAUUUCCUCCAGCAGGCAGGUCUGAGCGAAGAUAAGGCGUACUAUUUUGCGCUCGGCCAAUACGCGAUCAACAGUGUUGGCGUAUUGGGCGCCUGGACGCUCAUUACGCUUGGAUUUGGACGCAGAACCCUUUACGUUUCUGGAUUGGCAGUGCUGUUUGUCAUUCUCCUGAUCCUUGGCUUCCUCGGCCUUGCUUCUGAUAGAAAUGCGGCCUCACUGGCAACCGGGGCCAUCUUACUGGUAUGGGCUUUGAUAUAUCAAUUGACUGUCGGCACCGUGUGUUAUUCACUGGUUGCAGAGCUCUCCAGCAGGCGUCUGGGGAUCAAGACAAUCGUGCUGGGACGGGUUGGAUACAACAUUGUGGGUAUCGUGGCCGGUGUUAUUACCCCUUACAUGCUCAACCCGACUGCAUGGAAUUGGGGAAACUAUGCUGGAUUUUUCUGGGCCGGAUCGUGCUUCCUUUGCUUGAUUUACACAUACUUCCGAGUCCCGGAGCCCGCUGGGCGAACAUAUGCCGAAUUAGACCUGCUUUUCGAGAAAGGCAUCAGUGCUCGAAAGUUCGCCUCCACAAAGGUCGACGUGUUUGCCGAGAAUGUUGAAGGUGAAGCGUUGGAUCAGUAUAGGAACCAAAUUGCCAUCUCCCACGUAGAGGAUAGCAAGACAGGGUGAGGGGAUUUUUUACUCAUCCUCACUAGGUAGAAGAAGCGAACCAGUUUGGUCGAGCUUAACAAAAGCAGGGACAGUGAUAUCUGCAUACCCUAGCGUGGUGUCUAUAUAAGUCUGUCGCGUUUUGAAGGCCAGUAUUAUUAUUAUAGAGUUCCAGUCAGGAUACUGCCAACAAAUACUCAGCAAGACUACAUAUGAUAGCCUCGUAAGCUUGCUCAUGUCGGCGUGCCGCAAUGAUAUCGAUACCACGCGGGCAAGGGCCCACUUCUUCUAGUCCUUACACAGCAGAGAAUGUCAUGUGUAAGAUGGAUAUAAUAUCCGACAUGUAUUUCAAUGCUAUGGUUGAAUGAAUGAAUAAACCCUUCUUCAGUUCCCCUUUGUUCUACACUUCACACGAGUCCUUAGGUAGCGGCGGCUGAUUACAUAUGGCUUGCCUGCGAGAAGUCGGUCAUACAACGCGGGG